AUGACGUCUGUUGGAAACAAGCGCUUCAACGACGAAGCUGCAAACUGGGACAAGAACCCGGCCGUACAGGAAGCCACGCGACGCGCCUUCGAGACCAUCGAACCCAUCAUUCAGAGGCUCUCUGGAUCGAAACGAGCCACUUCAGGGAUACCAACAGCAGAAGCCGCAGGAGGCCUUAAUGUCCUCGAAGUAGGAUGCGGCACUGGCCUCCUCACCCUCCGAGUCGCGCCGCUCGUCCACGAGAUUGUCGCCGUGGAUCCCGCGCACGGCAUGAUCGAGAUGCUCAAAGCAAAGCCCCGGGACAGUAGCAGCAAGAAUAAGAAUAAGAAUAAUAAUAAUAAUAAUAAUAAUGUGCUCCCUCUGUGUCGCCUCCUCGAGGACCCAGAGGAUCCCUUACUCCCCCCCGACGACACGAAGAACCCCACUGGUCCACGACGAAAGUUCGACCUGAUCCUCUCGCAUCUGGUCAUGCACCAUGUUCCGGAUCUACGCGCCUUCCUGCACACGCUCUUCGGGUGUCUGGCGCCAGGGGGUCGAGUGGCCCUGACGGAUUUCGAGGACUUCGGGCCCGACGCGAUCAAGUUUCACCCGCCGACGAAAUUGGAGGGUGUCGAGCGACAUGGCCUCCCAAGGCAGUGGAUUGCGGGUCUGCUCAAUGAGGUCGGGUUUCGGGAUGUCCAGGUGCGGGUUGGAUGGACGCUAGAUAAGUCGGUUGAUGACUGGGAGGGUCAUCGGCCGGGGGAUAUCUUGUCGUUUCCUUUCUUGAUUUGUGAGGGAGUACGGCCGUAG